AUGCGCUUCUCCACAACCGCCCUACUGGCGCUGCCGCUGCUCGCGUCGGCCGCCGAGAGCCCGUUCGAGCAAUACAGGGCCAAGUUCCAGAACUUCCUCAGCAGCUUCGGCGCGUCGACGCCCGGCCAACCCAAGGCCGAUGCCCCGGCCGUCGGUGGCGCGGCCCCCGGCGUGGCCACGGGAGGCAAGGGCUCCAAGACCAAGAAGGUGGCGGAGCCCAAGAAGAUCGACGUGCUUACGCUCGAGAACUGGAAGGACACGCUGUAUGGGCCCGUCCGGGCCGACGCGGCGCAGCCCGCCGAGUGGCUGGUGCUGGUGUCGGGGCGGAACAAGACGUGCUUUGGCCGCUGCGAGCGCAUCGACACCGCCUUUACCGAAUCAGCCGUGAAGUUCGCCUCGCUCCCGCCCUCCCAGCCGUCGCCGCAACACCUCGCGCGCGUCAACUGCGACGACACCCCCGUGCUGUGCAACGCGUGGUCGGCCAACGCCGGCGCAAUCUGGCUGUUCGAGGUGCCGACGGCCCCGGGCGCGGUCGUCGAGAUCCACACCAGGCGCAUGAACCUGACGACGGUCACGGCGCAGGACAUUGUCGACGCGUACGCCGGCACCGCGGCGACGAACAGGACCGAGGCCGGCUGGCACCGGUUUGAUCCCAACGGCUGGUUCCACCCGAUCGAGGGCAAGUUUGCCAAGUAUGGGCUGGCGAUGCCGCUGGGCUAUACCUUCUGGGCGCUGAAUGCCAUCCCCUCGUGGGGGAUGAUGCUUAUUGUGUCGUUCCUCAGCCGGUCCAUGAUGAACCGCCGCAUGGAGGGCAUGAACCGGCCGGCUGGCGCUCCGGGUGCUGGACCACGUGCUGCUCCCGCUGGCGAUGCCCGCUCUUGA